AUGACCGUGCAUACCGGCACUCUGUUACAGGAUUUGACUGAUCUUGGACUAAUUGGUGAGGGUGCUUACGGUCGCGUGAAUAAGAUGCGGCACGAUGAAACGGGUCGAUAUAUGGCAGUUAAAAAAGUUCGUAUAAUUUCGGGUAAAAAUGACGAUGGCGAAGCCAAUCGUUCAAUGAAACGCCUAAGACAGGAAGUUGAUGCGAUAAAAAAAGCCUCAGACUGUCCUCAAGUUGUAACUUUUUACGGCCUUACCUUUCAUGAGGGAGACUGUUUGGUUUGUAUGGAAUUAAUGGAUAUAUCACUGGAAAAUUUAUAUAAGACCAUUCAUAAUCAUACUCGUGGCGUUUUUGAUGAGCGUAUACUUGGGCAUGUUGCAGUGUCGAUUCUUAAAGCGUUAAAUCAUCUGAAAAAUGAAAUUAAAAUUAUCCAUCGAGAUGUAAAACCAUCCAAUAUCUUAUUGAACCUACGCGGUAAUAUUAAACUUUGUGAUUUCGGAAUAUCUGGUUAUUUAAUAAAUUCUGUGGCACAAACACGUGAAGCAGGAUGCCGACCAUAUAUGGCACCUGAAAGAUUGCUUACAAAUGCUGCAUAUGAUAUACGUUCUGAUGUUUGGAGCCUAGGAAUUACACUGCAAGAAGUAGCACUUGGUGUAUUUCCAUAUCCAAGAUUUAACGAAAAUGAGCUUUUUGUACAACUUCAACAGGUUGUUUAUGGAGAUGCGCCAAUAAUGGGUCCAUCGGAUGUAUAUUCAAUUAGAACAGUUCAAUUUAUCAAUUCGUGCCUUGUCAAAGAAACAGAAGCUCGACCAAAUUAUGUGAUGCUUAUGGAGAUGGAAUUCUUCAAAUAUUAUGAUAGCCUAAAUGGUACUUCAGAAUAUGUUGCAAAUUAUGUACAACAUGCAUUAAAUUUACAAAAACAAAGUAAUUUAUAG